AUGAGCCGACCGCCGAGCUUGGCUAGCAAGCCGCCGACAAGAGCGCCUUCACACCCACGACGACAACCCGCAAACCUGGUUUCUGACGUCCUUUUGGAGAUACUCACCUGGCUUGCUUUGGACGACUGGGAGUUUGAUGCAUAUCACUUCCGCGGACGCCCCUGGGUUGGAGAGGGUAAACCGCCCGGUUGCGCUCUUGUUCGCGCUACGCACGUCUGUCGAUAUUGGAGAGAGACGGCACUCGAAAAUAAACGUCUAUGGUCGAACAUCACAUUGAAUGAGACCCUAUCCCGCGAUUACGACCAUACUGACCGCGAGUUUACGUGUCGAGUUCUACGAACGCUUGGGAGUACACAUCCUCUUCGUCUCUCGUACUAUGAAUGCCCAAAGGAGGAGGUUGAGAACCAGGAAGGCGCCAUUGACAGAACGGACUAUUCCCGAGCCGUGGAUCCAGGACCAGGAGAGUGGGUAGUGACCUAUUAUCGGUUGUUUCCCAUCCUGCGCGACUGUAUACGACGAGCCUCUACGCUCGCCUUAAACGGUUACGGGGAUUCGAUUACCGAUCUCUUUGGGUGGGAAGAUGUCCCUAGAUUCGAACCACCGAUCAUGUUCCUCAACUAUCAUCGUCCUAAGCACCUCAUCGCCUUGGGUAUCGGCAUAACCAGCUUGCCGCUGCUAGUGGACCUUACUAUCACCCUGCGAGACCAAACAGUCACCAUUCAUUUCCCGGAUCUUCCACGACUCAAGCGGCUUGUCAUUCGUCAGAAUGCAGACAUGCAUGCUUUCCCGUUCCAGCUUCCCUAUGGCACAGUACAACAUCACAGAUCACCAGACUCGACCUUUCCGCCGCUCCCGCAGGACCGACAACCACUGUUUCCGGAUUUGAAACAUCUGGAACUUUACAUUCGCGACCUGCACCUCGAUUCAUUCAACCACUUCCUCUUCAACCACUCGGCUACCCUCGUGGACAUUGUUCUCGAUACUACCAUGAGAGACGACCACACUUAUCCUUGCCCAACGAGCCCAAUCCUGUUACCAGAUGUACGGUCGUUCGAGAUUGCGACAUUGGAUCCAGCUCUUGUUGCCCAUCUGAACAAAUGGGAGUGUCCAAGUUUGGAGAGUCUCCGGAUAACCAUGGCCUCGGGCAUAAACGAGUUCAACACGCUACUACUCACCCGCAACUUUUCCGGCAUCAAAAGGUUGACCUUUGGAUUUCCCAACCUCAUCAUAGAGGAUGAAUGGCUCACAGACAGCCAAUUCAACGAGAAAACGGAAGCAUCUCGUCUCCUCACCUCGUUACUGGUCGAUAUGGACAACUUGGUCGAGCUCACGGUCUCCGGGUGGCACUACGCUGGCCGCCGCGAGGAAGAGGAUUGGUUCCAGUGCUUAACCCCUCAGAGACGUCCGCCUAAGCCCACGAAGGUUAGUCCACUCGAGUCUGCCUCCAAGUCUCGACCCUCUGCCAUGUGGACCAAAAUCUCCGAAGAGGGGCUCAUGAUCGACGAGGAUGGUAAUCCAUACCAAUUCUCUGACGUCGAGUCUUCCAUCUCGAGUGAUUACAGUCACGAGAGUCGAGAUCUAGCGAGGGUUCAGGCGUACCUCAACGAGCAAGAGGCGGCGGAACGAAAGAGACUUGAGCGCCAACGACGCCGCGCCUCGUCAUCUUACUCUUCCUCAUCCGAGGGUGAAGAAAUCGACCGAUUCGCGCGACGAGCACCGCCCGAGUAUAUACCAGGACCAUACUAUGCCUGCCGCGCAUUAGAGCGCGUGGAGUUGGAGCGGUGUGUCGGAAUCGAGAAGACAAUGGUAUUUGAUUUCUGGGCUGGACGACAAUUUCUUUAUUCGCACUAUGUGCGUACGACGUAUGGCUCUCCAGGGUUGGAGACGACCAAACCCGUCGAUAUCAAUCCCACGAUAGAAAGACAGAGGAGGGACGAGAGGUUGUCUUCUUCGCAGUCCUGUUUUUUGUCUGCAACGGAUAGCCCACCUCAGAGCCCGACGUCCCCAGGUUUCCUCUGCGAUCACGUCUUCCUUCCAAAUAAAUCCACGGCUCCGCAGCUCUACCCUCCACCCGCUCCCUCAAGGCAGGGCGCCGCAUCUACAACUUCAUUUGACGCGGCAGAGGACGAGACGCCGAGCGUGACGGAACGUGUCAGACCAUCGCCGACAGUCACCUUUGUCGACUGCAAAAAUACGACGCACGACGAAAUGCACGACCUCUUAUGGAAGUAUUAUAUCGGCUACUAUGAGCCGUUUCGCCCACGAAGGCCACGUUCGCCGUCGCCUAUCCCGCUCGACGAACGUGACUUGUGGAUAUGA